AUGACCAGCACAAAGGCAAAGGACGUCGUCGUCGACUCGUGGGAUGACGAAGAGAUUGCUUCAGAGGAUGAGAAGGACACGCAAAGCAACGCACUACAGCCAACAAACACAAACACAUCAUCAUCCUCAUCCUUAUCCAGGCCCGCUGUGCCCGGUACACCGCCUCCAACGCCCAUCACGCCCACCACAUUGGACCAGGGUAGUGCUGGCCCCGGGAUGAGCUUCGCCAGCCGAAGGGAAGCGCCACCAGAGCGCAGGCCGGAGAAGACGGAUGCCGUAGCGCGGCGGAUGAUUGCGGCCGGCCUCGGACUCAAGGCACCCAAGCAGACGGACGAGCAGAAGGAGUAUCAAAAGUCUGUCAGGGAGCAGGAGAAGAGAAGACGGGAGGAGGCACGUCGAGAAGAGGCAAGGAAAAAAGAGGAGGCCGAGAAGGCCAAGGCGGCUAUAUGGGACGACUGA